GUCCAAUCAGAUCCGUCUGCGGUGCGGCUAGCGGUAAGACAGCGCGUGUAUUAAAGUACACAAAAGGAGGCCUCGAGCGGAAAUCAGCCCAGUGUCAACGACCCCGUGUCGGGCACAAGGGCUUUUAAUAUUCAAAUAAAAACAUUUUGUUGGGAUUUACUUUGCUUUCUGGACUGUUUCUGCGUUUGCAACAUGACAACCGAGUGACCGUUCAUCCGGACAACGAGAUUAUUAAUUAUAAUUUGAUGAUAUGACUUGAAGGAAGCAGAUGUCCUUUGCUGGGAACUGAGGAGCCAGAACUACACUGGUUGAUGGUGAAGAAACAAUGUUGUAGGAAAAUAACUGCAGAAACGUGUGGCCACAUGCUGGUACAACACCCACGUGUAUACACUGAAAAUACAGCACAUUGAGUGAUUGCUGCCGACUGUGAAGAGGUUGCCAUGAAAGGGGUGAGCUCCAGGUCUGCAUUCAUUCUGGGAUUUCUGGUGGGCUGCCUCUCUCUUUACUUCUUCCUGAAGGAGGUGUGGUUCGAGCGAAGCUUUAGUCUGUGGCUCAGUGGACAGCAGGACAAGGAGACCGUCAACAACAUCAGCUGGAUGGUGCACCGCUAUGCUCUCGUCAACCUGAAUCACCCUCAUCAUGCAGAAGAAGACAGCCAUGUUGCAGAUGAGCUUUACAAGAAAGUACGUAUCCUGUGCUGGGUCAUGACCGGCCCUAGCAACCUGCAGUCAAAAGCUCGGCAUGUAAAAGCGACGUGGACUCGUCACUGCAACACGGUGCUGUUCAUGAGCUCGGUGGAGGAUCGUGACUUCCCAGCAGUGGGCCUCGGAACAGGAGAAGGACGCGAUCAGCUCUACUGGAAGACCAUCCGAGCGUUCCAUUACGCCCUGAAGAACCACGGCGACGAUGCGGACUGGUUCCUCAAGGCUGACGAUGACACUUUUGUGGUGGUGGACAACCUGCGCUUGCUCCUGUCCAAUUAUUCCCCAGAGGAGCCGAUCUACUUCGGCAAGCGCUUCAAACCCUACGCCAAGCAGGGCUACAUGAGCGGCGGUGCUGGAUACGUGCUCAGCAAGGAGGCGCUGAAGCGAUUUGUGCAGGGCUUCAGCACCCAAGUUUGCACUCAUACUUCCUCUGUGGAGGACCUGGCUUUGGGUCAGUGUAUGGAGAAGAUGGGAGUCUUGGCUGGAGACUCGAGGGAUAGUUUACAGCGCGAGACCUUCCACCCAUUCGUCCCUGAGCACCAUCUCACUCAGGUUUUCCACAAAUCCUUCUGGUACUGGAGUUACUGCUACUAUCCCAUUGUGGCGGGUCCACAGUGCUGCUCUGAUCUCGCUGUGUCCUUCCAUUACGUGGACUCUGAGCUGAUGUACCUUCUAGAGUACUACACGUACCAUCUGCGGCCUUACGGCUACCAGUACCGCUAUAAACCUCCAUAUCCACCUAUCCUUCACACAACUGAGAACCCUGACGCACCAGUGAAGGUCACUGUGAAAGUAGCACCGCAUGUAGCAGAACAACCAAAGGCGCCCAACCCGAUGCAGCAGAACGGGGUCAGGCCAGAAGGACAGGGGGAUACAGAGGGGGACACAGUGCAAAAGACAGUAAAAGAGAUCAAACCAGCGAACAACAGCACUGCAACUUUACAGAAGAGCCAGAGAGAAUCGUCAGGCAGCUGAAAUUGUUGUGUCUUAUGUAGAGGAAGAGAACGUGCACAUGGAAAUGUACUGUAGAUUGAAUGCAGUGAUGUAUGGUGCAGCUCCUCUGAAGUGUCAAAUCACCGGUUUAUAUUAGCCUACUCAUUCUAAUACCUUAAUGUGUCUGCGAACUCAGAGAUAUUGGUAUGGCGAAGCUUCCUGUUGAGAGAUGUUUGUGGAAGGAAUCACCAGAGUCAGCACUUUGUCACAGUCCACCACGGGACCAUUUAACAGAUUUAUAGAUUUUCUCUUAACAUGAUUGUAAACGGAUAAAAAGGCAUCAUGUUCUUUAAUAAAUAAUAAAGGUGCCGUGGUAUAAGAGGAAUACAUUUCUUCGGGGUGGGCUGUUACAGGAAAUUAAUUCACUUUGGAUUUUAAUAGUCACACGGCUUUGAUUCAUUUUCCCAAAACAUUUCACAUGCCUUGACCCUGAGGCAGUUCCGUCUGUGUAGACUGUGUAGGUUUCUUCACCUUUUAUUUAUUUUAAUUUCAGUUUUAAUCGAGUUUCCAUUGGGUAAAACUAGCAAUAUUACCAGAGGCGUAUUGGCCAUCAUGGGAGAGUUCGAGUGUGUCAUUUACCAGGUGGACAGUCGAUUGCAUCUUUUUUCAGGGCAUAAUCUUAUUAUAUUCAUUCGCUGUUUGUUUUCGCUUCCGGUAUUCCACGUUUAUUUUUUUUGUUGCUGAUGAGGCUGUACAGCUAUACAUCAUACACUGUAAUUCUGAUUUACAGCAACGUCAGAAAUAUUUUUGUACCAACGAAGGAGCACUGACCAUUUUAAAAUAUUUUCUCAUAAGUUAUUAUCCAGGAAGUGACCUCCAUGUACAGGAUAUAUUUCCUUCUUAAAUUGCCUUCUGCUGCAUUUGAGGUACAGCUUCUCUGGAGGAUGAUGCGGAUUUCUCUUCCUCUUUAUUUUUUUUUUUUGCCAGUGUCUUUGAAGUUCUUGUUGCAAAGAAAGUAUUUUACUAUUUCACUAAUA